AUGCCGACGAGUCGCUCCUGUUCACGAGCAACCACUUCUUUGAUCGUGCUUUUGAGUCUUGAAGCGAGUUCUGGAUUCGUGAAUCAUCCUAUUGGAAGCUGUACUCGUGACAUCAUUGCAAAGACAACCAGAAGCCCGCUCAAUGUUCUCGCAGGCCCUGAUCAAGAACCUGCUGGAAACACCUUCCUCAAAGGACUUUCUGAUAAGAUUGGAAGCGUCGAUGACGAUCGCAUAAUAUACCCCGAAUACGAAUCUGGAGAAGUCUCGCGGGUAUUUAGUUCUUUGAGUUACAACAAAUCCGAACAAGGAAAAGUCAAUGCCAUUCAUGUCACUGGGUCUGUCUUGGGUGCCACUGCGUUGGUGGCUGGAACCACGGUCGGUGCUGGAAUCUUGGCCCUUCCUGCCGCCACUGCUCCCGUGGGAUUCCUUCCAUCGACUGCCGCCAUGGGUGUGGCUUGGUUGUACAUGACCAUGUCAGGAUUGCUCGUUGCCGAGUUGUCCAUCAACCGACUAGGACAAUCGGGUAAGCCUGGAAAAGGAAUGCUCGAUUUGUACGAAGACAAUCUUGGCCCCAACUGGUCCAAGUUGGGCAGUCUAUCCUAUUUCUUUUUGCAUUAUGCCGUGGUGGUUGCCUACAUUGCCCAGGGUGGCUUGAAUUUGGAUAAUAUCUUGGAUAACCUAGGGCUGAUGAACAAAGAUGGGGCACUCCCAGGAAUUGGGCAAGCUUUGUUUGCUUCGGUCUGCGCUUCUGGACUCUUUGUGGCCACCAAAAAGCAAGUGGAACAAGUCAACAAUAUCUUUGUUCUACUGUUGGCUGGUGCCUUUGCUGGAAUCAUUGGGAUUGGAGCUCAAUCGGCAGACUUUGGGUCCCUGGUGGACCUUUCCAAUCAACACCCCGAAAAAGUGGUCGAUGCCUUUCCAAUCAUCUUUUUGUCCCUCGUCUUUCAAAAUGUGGUUCCCACUGUGGUGAACCAGUUGGAGGGAGACCGUGAAAAGAUCACCAAGGCUAUCAUUAGUGGAACUACACUUCCAACACUCAUGUUCUUGGCAUGGAAUGCAGUCGUCCUGGGCAAUGUCCAAGGGAUGCCAGAUGCUUCUACGAUGGAUCCCGUCUUGUUGAUUCAGGCCGGAGCCCAAGGAGAUGGUGGUGCCUUGCUGGGCACUUUGGUUGGUGGAUUCUCCUUCUUGGCUGUGGUCACCAGUUUGAUUGGAUUCACCUACGCGCUUUUGGACGCUUGGACGGAUGUCUUUAAGAUUCCUCAAGAUGGACCCGAGUUUGACAAGUGGAAGCUUCCCUUGUUUGCACUCAUUUACCUUCCACCCUUGGCCUUGUCGGUGACCGAUCCAGACAUUUUUUACAGCGCUUUGGAUUACGGUGGCGCCUUUGGAGUUUCCACCCUGUUCUUGGUCCUUCCUCCCAUUAUGGUUUGGGGACAGCGGUAUGGAGAAGAAAAGACCGAGCUAUUGACAAAACCAAUGGUUCCCUUUGGAAAGAUUCCGCUUGGAUCCAUGUGGAAGGCAGCUGGAACAUUGAUUCUGGAACAAGGUGCUGACAAGUUAGGAGUUUUCGAGUUCAUCUCGGAACACAACCCAUUCGCCGCUCCAUAA